CUUCGUUGCUGCCCGGUAUCCCAGAUUCUGUUCCGUCAAAGCUACUCAGAUAGCUAGUACCCUGUGUUGACCUGGCUCACAACAUUUCAUCACGACUUGAAACUAUCCUACUCGUCCUUGACCACCCGAGGAUCCCGACCUCGUCCCCCAUAAAACAGCUACAGAACUCCCUAUGGCAUCCGUCUUUCGUCCUGGGGCCCUCGCCCUGAUCACCGGCUCCGCCUCCGGAGUAGGCUUCGCAUUUGCGCAGCACUGCCGUCGCCAGGGUAUGCACCUCGCUUUGAUUGACAACAACAGCGCAUCCCUCCAAAAAGCCUCCCAAGCCCUCCAGUCAUCCACAUCCUCUGGCACCGAGAAACCGCAAACCUUGACUUAUGAGAUGGAUGUUUCCGACCUCUCCGCCUGGAGCAAAGUCCACAGCGACCUAUCGUCCAAAUUCUCCACGAUCGACCUCCUCAUGCUCAACGCGGGAAUGUCCAUCAAGACAUCCAACCCCUGGACCGAUGCAGAAUACUUCCACAAGACCUUCAGCGUCAACUUCUUCGGCAUGGUGCACGGCCUGGCGACUUUCCUGCCCAUGGUUCAGAAGUCCACCGGUCCUUCCGCCGUCAUCCUCACAGGCUCAAAGCAGGGCAUCACCAACCCGCCCGGCAACCCGGCGUACAAUGCCACCAAAUCCGCUGUGAAGACGGUGGCUGAACAACUCGCCUAUGAUCUCCGGACCAAGUCAUCGCCCGUGUACUCCCCACAAGUUUCUGUCCACUUGCUCGUGCCGGGAUGGACGUUCACCGGACUAAGUGGAAACCAAGGCCCGGUGCCGGACGAGGAGGCGCUGAGCAAGAAGCCCCGCGGCGCGUGGUUGGCCAGCCAGGUGUGCGACUACGGCGUCAAGAAGAUGGCCGACGGCCAGUUUUAUAUCAUUUGUCCCGACACGGACGUUGAUGAGGCGUUGGAUCAAGCCAGGAUGACGUGGGGUGCGGGCGAUGUCACGGAGGGGAGGAGCGCCUUGAGCAGGUGGGACGACAAUGUGAAGGAUGAGGCGGCAGAGUGGAUUGGCAAGGAGGCUGCUAGGAGGAGGGGCGAGUAGCGGCCCAACAUGCAAGAGAUACGCAGAAGGUGGUGGUCGAGAUGGCAAUUCUGCGUUGACAGAGGUCCUGGUGGUAGUGACCAGCUGAACAGUACAAAUGGUGUACAAAUGGUUUUCAAAUGGAACAGUUUUCGCGCCUCCA